AUGCAGAAUGACGUAGAGAAAACUGACACAAAGGAGAAAGUAUAUUAUGGUUUGCACCAGCAUGGAAUCUUGGUUUUAAAUGCAGCUACCGAGGAUCAGAUUCAUGAGCUAAAAAGGGAAAUCCCAAAUAUACAUCUUCGACAAGUAACUGGAACUGAAGGAAGUAGUGACAAGAGUGAUCUUCAAGAUAAUUUCCUUUACAAACCUUACUUCUUAGAGAAGGACUUGGAGAAAGGAAAAGUCAUCACCUUUCCCUCUCUGAAAAAUAAAAAUCAAGCACCAUUUUUGCCUCGCCAGUUUGUGGAAUUGAUUCCCUUCUCAUCAGAAAAAGUUCCAGAAAUCUUGAACCAUUUCUCAAUAGAUAGCAACACAAAGGAUGCUCAAACAAUCAAGGAAACAAACAAAUUUUGUGAAGCGCCAGCUAAGAAAGCACAUAAGCAAAAGUGUGCAACUUCUUUGGAAGCUAUGGUAGAUUUCAGCAUAAUCAUGCUUGGAACAAACAAUGUUCAGGCGAUUGCAACACAGGUACAAGGGGAAAAUCAAAUGUUGCAAAAAUACACCGUUAAAGAAGUUGAACAGGUAGCUGAUGGAGUUAACAUGGUAUGCCACAAACUUAAUUACGCGUAUGCAGUGCAUUUUUGUCAUGGCGGAGGAAGUACGAAGACAUUUAUGGUAUCUAUGAUUGGUGUUGAUGGGACAAAGGUUAAAGCAGUAUCAAUAUGCCACAAAGAUACAUCUCUUUGGAAUCCAAAAGGAUUGCCUUUUGUAGUGCUUAAGGUUAAGCCUGGAACUACCCCUAUUUGUCAUUUCCUUCAAGAUGAUCAGAUCGCCUUUCUUCCUUAUGAAGAGACCUUAUAA